UUUAAAUCAGAGACAAGAGACAAAUAGAAGUGUGAAUAAAUAAAUGGAAAAUUUCCAUUUAAUAUUAUUUUUAUCCAUGUUAAAUAAACAAGGAUAACUUGUAACUAUACAUUUAGUUAAUAUUUGAAAUAAUAUAAUUUGUAUAAUUGUAAUACAAAUCCAAGAUUUUUAUAUCAAGUGUUGUUAUGAAUCGCUGAUCAGCCUGACCUGAAUAUUAUCAAAAGAGUUAAUGUUUGUUUGGCAACAUAGAUAAGGAAGACAAUUUGGAACCGAUUAAAGAGCUACAUAAAAUAUAAUGCUUGAUACAAUAGAACGGAAAAUUACGUAAAUAGGUUAGGUAUUUAAAACUGAAUCCAAGUAUGCUUACUCUCAAAUUCAGAAAUUUUCUAAAGUUAUCCAGAUCGCUAAAUGGCCUUGUUAGAAUUGCAUGUGACGAAGUUAGUUUGACCAGUUGUCAAACAAAGUAUUUCAUCAGGUUAUAUCAGACUCUACACCGAGAAGAAGGACCAGGCACUGAAAUGGGGACCAAAAAUUUCUUUAGUUUUACAGACUAUGACUGUAUUGGAUUUGAUUUAGACAAUACCUUAGCUAGAUACAAAGUAGGUGCUAUGAUAGAAAUGGAAUACCAUAUUUUAGCAAAUUAUCUAGUUGAUAAUAAGGGAUACUCAGCCAGUCACUUACUAAAACCUUUAGACCAUAAUUUUAUUAUAAAGGGAUUAAUUGUUGACGAUGAAAACGGCAAUCUCCUGAGAAUAUCAGCUGAUGGUACUAUAAUUCAAGCUACACACGGUACUAAAUUUUUAACUGAAGAAGAAAUAAAAAAGUAUUACCCUAAUUUACGCUGGAAGGCCACAGAUUUAUUCGCAGAAAACCCUCUUCAAACCUGGAAUGGCCCAUAUUCAGAAAAAAUGCGCACUUUACUAGAUUAUUAUGAUAUAAUUGCUAGUUUAGUUUUUGCUAGAGCUGUGGAUUCUAUUGACGAAGAUAGUUCCGAAAUCAAACUGUAUAAUAUUUGGCCCGAUUUAUUGGAAGCUUUACAAGAUAUGUUUACCAGGGAGCAUUUUCAGAACGAGCAAGGAAAGUAUUUUGCAGAAAUAAAAGCAAACCCUGAUAAAUAUUACUACAAAUGCAGUAAUCACUUGUUAAACUGGAUAAUGGCUCUUAGAUCAAAAGGUAUAAUAACCUUUUUGAUAACAGGAUCAUAUGUUGAUUUUGCCACACACACCGCAAGUCAUACAAUAGGACAAUUCUGGAGGGAUUAUUUUGAAAUUGUGAUAAGCUAUGCGAAAAAACCUGGAUUUUUUACAGAUAAAAAUAAUUUUAUUGGUCUUGAUGGAUUCUCAGAGACUGGUCCUGUAAACCUGGAUGAUUUGAGGUUAGGCGGAAUCUAUACACACGGUAACUGGACUGAUUUAAAAGACUUUUUAAGGAAAUGCUGUUCAAAAAAGGAUCCUAAGUUUUUGUACAUCGGGGACAACUUGGUACAGGACAUCUAUGCACCUCAUGUGUACGCAGGCUGUGAGACUGUAACAGUUUGUGAAGAACUCGAAGCGGAGGGCGUGUACGGACAUGACAAGUGGCAUCCAGAUGAACAGUUUUUGUGUUCGACUAUUUGGGGCUCUUAUUUUAAAUGUAGUAAUUCUGGAAGGUUAACUAAUUGGUAUGAAAUGAUGAAGAAGCAUUCGCGAUUCUUUGUUCCUAGUUUAGAAUAUGUUGCCGGUUUUCCUAUUGAUCACAAAUUUAAAGUUAAUAUUUAUUAAUGCUUGAUUGUAUUGUAUAUUAUGUGUUCUAUAACAUGGAUUGUUUUUAUAUAUUUUAAGAAAUUGUAAAUGUGUAUAUAAUUAUUUUUAAACAAUAAUUAAAUAAAUUAAUAUUUAAAAUAAAAGACGUUAAUUAA